AUGCCUUUCAGCUGGGUCCUUUCAUCCUGGAUCCAUUUCCGGGUACCCCACGAUCUUGAUCUCCGGGAUGCUACUAGCCCCCAAGCAGAUGCCAUCGAACCGAUCCGCCAGGCCAGUGGUCAUCGUCGGAGCGCCUGGGGACGUGUCCAGUCCGACCCUGAGCUGACAGUGCUAUUUUCCAUGUGGGAAUCUCGCUCUGCUUACGAUACCUUUGCCGCCUCAGGCGCAGCCCAAACAUUCUACGAGGCCAUUGCAGCCCUUCAUCCAGCCAACACAGCUGCUAGCAAUAUUAUCACAUAUCUGGCAAAUUUCCCCCGCGAGCAGCUCUCUCGUCCAACUUUCCACCCGCACACUCAGCUCAGACCUGUUUUCUUCCCUAAUCUUUCUGAAGAGGCCCGGGAGGCUGUCUUCAGGCAUGGAGGCCCCGCGUAUCCGUUUGCCUUCGCGAUGCAUGGCGGAAGGUCGGAACUUUGGGACGAAAUCAGUGCGUUCCAUACUGAUCCUCGGCGGGGAUGGAUAGAAGGGGAGAUGGUUCGGCCUUGUGCUCAGCUCCCUGGCGAGUCAACCGUCGCCGGAAAUUCCACCGAGGCUGAAGCGCCAGUUACGAAAGUGGAGUGUCGCGUCUUACUGAUUGUGAUGUCGUGGAGAAGUAGCGAGCCCAAGCAGAACUUUUUGGAGACUACGCCCAUUCUACGGGGGCAGGAGUCGGUACCUGUCAUGCAGGAGUGGGAGGAUACGCUAGGGGCAAACGGGGCAGUAGGUUGGAAGGACUGGUAUGUGGAUUUUGAGAUGGUGAGGAAGGUAGAUAAGGUGUGGUCUUUGACUGAGCUGUAA